CGAGACUCAAUCUGUCUCCGCAGCGCCCGUUUAAGGUGUGGAGUCGAGAUGGAAAGGGAAUCGAAGCAUAGGCGGCCAAUCACGAGGCCGAGGGUCCACGCGCCAAGAACGGAGACAAAACACAACAAACGUCAAAGAGGAGGGUCUUAUUAA